AUGUCCACAGCCAAUCUCUCCAGUGAUGAAGACGCUCCACUGGUGCAUCAGCAGAUGUUUGAGGUGGAAAUGAACGAGGGUCCGCUGUCUAAACUUGUAGUGGCCAUUCUCAUGGCCCUGCUAUUCAUGUACAUCAACAGCAUCAUGUUUCACACUCUCCUGAGUAAGCCUGUGUUUAGAGAGCUGCCUCGAUACAUCCUCUUUGCCCACAUGCUCUGCAAUGACACAGUUCUUCUACUGAUGGUCUCUCUGCUUUAUUUACUGUCUUUGUACUUGCAGAAAGUUCCAAAGGCUGUUUGUGCACUGAUCAUUCUCAUUGCAGCGACAACAGUUCGCAUCUCGGCUCUAAACCUGGGUUUCAUGUCUUUGGAGCGCUACGUGGCUAUUUGUUUCCCUUUACGGCACAGUGAGAUGGCCUCUAAGAAAAUGACAGGUGUUUUGAUCGUCAUAAUGUGGAUAUUAGGUGUCUUGAGUCCCGUGAUAGAUAUUUUAUCUCCCCUAAUACGCAACCCUGAGUCCUUUGGAAAGCCAAUGUUCUGCACUCAUCAGGGCUUUUUCAUUGCAAAAUGGCAGGUAGUAGUGUAUGAGGGGAUCCAUGGAUUUUAUUUUGUGGCAGUUACAUUCAUGAUUAUUUUCACAUACGUGAGUGUUAUGGUCGCAGCUCGAUCAGCCUCAGCAGAUAAGGACUCUGCCAGGAAAGCUCAGAGAACAGUUCUCUUGCAUUUUGGCCAGCUAGUGCUUUGCCUGAACAGUCUGCUGUAUGUCACCAUUGAGAGAGCCAUGGCCAUGGCCAGUAGCAGCCAUCUGUUCAUGGACCUGCGUUACAUGAACUAUCUUUUCAUUCUCCUUCUGCCUCGGUGCCUGAGUCCCCUGGUGUACGGCCUCAGAGACAAUGCUGUGAGGCCCUUAUUCCUCUACUAUGUCAGUUGUGGAUACAGAAAGGUUAAACCCACUGUAGCUACACACUAG